AUGGCGCGCCCAGUACUACCGUUCAAGGAUAUCAACCUCCAUUCCUCUCCUUCUCACUACGCUUUUACCUCACCCUCAACACCGAAUGCUCCGACUCUGGUGGUGGACCGACCGAACGGCGACUUGCGUCUGAACGAUGGUAUUCUCCUUGGCUCAAAGCGAGUCUCUAGCAUUGCUGGAAUACUCGGUAUUAUCAAGCUGAAACUAGACAAAUAUAUUAUUGUCAUUACCAAGGCACAGCCGAUGGGCCGUCUCCAAGGCCAUAUGGUAUACAAAGUUGUAGCGACUGAGUUCCUACCUCUCCGCGAGCGCCCGCUGCACGACAAGGAUGAAGAUACCUAUCUGGCUCUCUUGAAGGACUUGAUCCGAACAGGGCCAAUGUACUUUUCGUAUUCGCUCGACCUCACAAACACCUUUCAGCGACAAUCACAGAGUGACCCGAGCACCCCGUUGUGGAAACGAGCCGACGACCGCUUCUUCUGGAAUCGUUUUAUCCAAUCCGACCUUAUUGACUUCCGUGUUGGUUCCAGUGAUACGACCGGAACAAAAUAUAAUCAGCAACCUGGCGUCGAUCCCUAUAUCUUACCUGUUAUUUUCGGAAUGCUGCGCAUUACGCCUGCAAGGGUCAAGAAUACCUCCUUUACCUUUGCUUUGAUUACACGAAGAUCAAGACAUCGAGGCGGCACUCGCUACUUCUCCCGAGGCAUCGACGAGAAUGGAAAUGUGUCCAACUACAAUGAAACUGAACAAAUUGUGAUCCUGAACGAUACUACUGGCGGUUUGACCGGCUUCGCUGGUGGUCAGGGUUUACCCAGCGGGAAAUCCGAGCAGCCCGGUCGUGACUUGCAGGUCUUUGCGUUUGUUCAGACGAGAGGAAGCGUUCCCGUUUUCUGGUCCGAAGUCAAUAACCUUCGUUAUACUCCGAAGCUCCAAGUCAGGAGUGUUGAGACAUCCAUUGAGGCUGCACAAAAGCAUUUCGCUCAGCAGAUCCAAUAUUAUGGUGAGAAUUACUUAGUGAAUCUGGUUAAUCACAAGGGCAGAGAAGAGCGAGUCAAGAAGGCAUAUGAGCAGUUGGUCCGAACGCUGGUAUCCUCACCAGGGGAGACGUCUGAACAAGACCAGCCACACACCGACGAGAAAAUACGCACUGUGGAAUCUGCCCAGAGAAAAGAGCUCCUGGACCGCAUUCAUUAUAUUUACUUUGAUUUCCACAAUGAAACCAAGGGUUUACAAUGGCACCGGGCACAACUUCUUUUAGAUCGGCUUACAGACGGGCUCAUGCGCGGUGAAUACUUCCGAGGCAUUGAGAGUCCUGGUGAUGCCAAUGGGCGCUUAGAAGUUCGUACUCAGCAGAGUAGUGUUGUACGAACCAAUUGCAUGGAUUGCCUCGAUCGUACGAACGUUGUACAGAGUAUGCUAGGUCGCUGGACGAUAAGCCGUCAAUUGAUGGACGCUGGCGUUCUACGACCAGGGGAGUCGGCAAGCGAUGACCCCGAGUUUGAGAACAUAUUCCGCAAUAUCUGGGCUGAUAAUGCUGAUGUUGUUUCAAAAGCCUAUUCUGGCACCGGGGCCUUGAAGACUGAUUUUACACGCACAGGACAACGCACGCGCGCUGGAAUGUUGCAAGAUCUCUCAAAUUCAGUCACCCGUUACAUUCGCAAUAAUUUCAUGGACGGUCCUCGACAAGACGGAUUCGACCUGUUCCUAGGCACUUAUCUGCCGCAAGAUUCGGCGUUGGGUAGUCUGUUGCUCUUUAUCGAUCGCCGGCCUGUCAUUAUUCAGUCUAUUCCUUAUCUCCUGGCAGCAAGUGUGUUUAUGGUGCUGGUUGCCAUGUUCACCCGCCGCCUGCCUGAUGCUGCCGUAUGGCCAUUAAGGAUAUUCACACUCGUCUGGAUGAUCAUUGGUGCAUGGGCAUCACACUUUAUAUAUAGCCAUGGAAUGCUCUAUGUCAAUUGGCCCAAGCUCAAUACACCAAGUGCAGCUUCAGAAGGCUACCAAGAUGCUCUCAACCAUGCCCGCUCUGACCAGCUCAUCGGCCGUUUCUUGGUCAAUAAGCGACACCAACGUGGUUUCAGCAAUGCCCGCUUGGGGUAUUUGGAGGAAGGCAAAAAGAGGCUUGAGUAG